UGCCCUGCUCUUUUCCCGCCAAACUCUACAGAAGCCGAAUCAAAAGCGAAGCCCUUCGCCGGGGAGAGAGAGCGAGAGAGAGAGAGAGAAGAUCUGAAAUCUAAAGCGAAGUGAAAAAUGGACAGCUACGGAGGCGGGUUCUUCCUGGACGCGAAGGCGGUUCAAGUCGAGGCCAUUUUCUUGGACUUCCUCAAGAGUUUUCGGCUCGAUGAUCAGAACUCGAAGGAGCCGUUUUACGAAGCAGACAUGGAAGCCAUGAGACCCAACGAGUCCAACACCAUGUUCAUCGACUUUUCCCACGUCAUCCGCUUCAAUGAUGUCCUUCAAAGAGCUAUCUCCGAUGAAUACUUCAGGUUUGAGCCGUACCUGAAGAAUGCUUGUAAGAGAUUUGUUAUGGAACAGAAGCCCACAUUCAUCACUGAUGAUAACCCUAAUAAGGACAUCAAUGUUGCCUUUUAUAAUCUCCCUUUGUUAAAGAGAUUGAGGGAUUUGACUACUGCUGACAUUGGGAAGCUGGUAUCGGUUAGUGGAGUGGUCACGCGAACUAGUGAAGUUCGGCCUGAGCUUCUUCAGGGAACUUUCAAGUGCUUGGAGUGUGGAGCUGUUGUCAAGAAUGUUGAGCAGCAAUUCAAGUAUACUGAGCCUAUAAUCUGCAUGAGUGCUACUUGCAACAACAGGGCAAAGUGGGCUUUGCUAAGGCAAGAUAGUAAAUUUGCGGAUUGGCAGAGGGUUAGAGUUCAGGAAACCUCUAAAGAAAUUCCAGCAGGCUCCCUUCCAAGAUCACUUGAUGUCAUUCUUCGUCAUGACAUCGUAGAACAGGCCAGGGCUGGUGACACGGUCAUAUUUACAGGCACCGUGGUUGUGAUACCUGACAUUUUGGCAUUGGCCUCUCCAGGAGAGAGAGCUGAAUGCCGAAGAGAGGCUUCUCAGCACAAGAAUGCUGCUGGGAAUGAAGGUGUUAGGGGUCUUCGAGCACUUGGAGUUAGAGACCUCUCAUAUCGCCUUGCCUUCAUUGCUAAUUCGGUUCAGAUCUCUGAUGGCAGAAGGGACACUGACAUCAGAAACAGGAGGAGAGAUGAUGAAGAGGAGAACCAGCAGUUCACGGCAGAAGAGCUAGAUGACGUCCAAACAAUGCGGAAUACUCCUGACUUCUUCAAUAAGCUUGUUGACAGUAUUGCUCCAACUAUUUUUGGACACCAAGAUAUCAAACGAGCAAUCCUGCUUAUGCUUGUGGGUGGUCUUCACAAGAUCACUCAUGAAGGCAUCAACUUGAGAGGAGACAUCAAUGUCUGUAUUGUUGGAGAUCCCAGUUGUGCAAAGUCUCAAUUUCUCAAGUAUACUUCAGGUCUAGUUCCACGCUCUGUCUACACAUCUGGAAAGUCCUCCUCUGCUGCUGGAUUGACUGCAACAGUAGCAAAAGAACCAGAAACUGGGGAAUUUUGUAUUGAGGCUGGAGCACUAAUGCUUGCAGAUAAUGGUAUUUGCUGCAUUGAUGAAUUUGAUAAGAUGGACAUCAGGGACCAGGUUGCAAUUCAUGAAGCCAUGGAACAGCAGACGAUAAGCAUAACAAAAGCAGGAAUACAAGCAACACUGAACGCUCGAACAUCAAUUCUAGCUGCAGCUAAUCCCACUGGUGGGCGCUAUGAUAAAUCAAAACCACUAAAGUAUAAUGUGGCUCUGCCACCUGCUAUUCUUUCGAGGUUUGAUCUGGUAUAUGUUAUGAUCGAUGACCCAGAUGAUCAAACCGAUUACCAUAUUGCUCACCACAUUGUGAGAGUCCAUCAGAAACGUGAAGAUGCAAUUGCUCCAGCAUUUACAACCGCUCAAUUGAAGCGUUAUAUAGCAUAUACAAAAUCUCUGAAACCAAAGCUAACCCUGGAAGCCCGGAAAUUGUUGGUUGAUUCAUAUGUUACACUUCGAAGAGGUGAUACAACACCUGGGAGCAGAGUUGCAUAUCGCAUGACAGUUAGACAGCUGGAGGCAUUGAUCCGGCUUUCAGAGGCUGUUGCUCGAAUUUAUAUGGAUGUAGAGGUGCAUCCUCGCCAUGUACGUAUCGCUGUUAGACUGCUGAAAACAUCAGUAAUCAGUGUGGAGUCCAGUGAGAUAGACCUAUCUGAGUUUCAGGAAGAAAAUCAAGAUGAUGUUGAUGGAGGUGAUGGUAGAGAUAAUGGAUUUGGUCAAGAUGAAACUCACCCUAGUGACGCCGCGCCAAAUCCAGCUUCUGAGAAUGUGGGAGAAACAGCAAGACCUGCAAAUCAACAGGGAAAAAAACUUGUGAUAAGUGAUGAAUAUUUUCAGAGGGUUACUCAAGCCCUUGUAAUGCGGCUUAGACGGCAUGAAGAAACUGUAAAUAGAGAAGGCACUGGGCUGGCUGGAAUGAGACAGAGGGAUUUGAUUCAAUGGUAUGUGAGUCAACAGAAUGAGAAAAACAACUACAGCUCCUUGGAGGAGGCAGCGACAGAAGUGUCAAAAGUCAAAGCGAUUAUAGAGAGUCUGAUAAGAAGAGAAGGCCAUUUGAUAGUCCUGGAUGAUGGUAGUCAAGCAGCUGCAGAUGGUGAAAGUGGAAGGCAGCCUUCAUCAUCCAGAAAUGACAGGAUUUUAGCUGUGGCUCCUAAUUACGUCGUAGAUUGAUUGAGAUCGCACAUAAAUGUUUCUAAAUAUGGAAUACAAACCCCUCAUCCAUGCGUUUGCUGCUCCGAAUGAGGUAAAUGUAGCAUAAUCACCCAACCUUACAAUUAGGUGAUCUAUCCAAUUGUAAGAUAAGACCCCUCGAGUUCAUUAGUUCUAGAGUUCAAUUUUUUGGGGUUUUUUUUAUUUUAAGUUCUUAUUUACAGAGGCUGUAAGUCCGGGACUUGUCUUUGACUGUGGGAAAGAAUCCCGUUGCAUAUUUGCAUGUUCUUGUAUUAUGUCUUUAAUUCAUCGUAUAAUAUGCGUUUCAAACGUAUAAUAUAUAUACUACUACUAGUAAGCUAGCUAAGCCCUCAAAAAACAUGAGCUUAGAUUUGGAUUCAGAUUUGGGUUAGGUAUGGUGUUGGAUUUAGAUUUGGGUUUGGAUCUGGAUUGGGUGGGAAGAUUAAAAAU